AUGUCCCCAUUGAACGUCGGUAUAGUUGGUACAGGUAUUUUUGCCAAAGAGAGACAUCUGCCAUCUUACCAGGAAUUCCCUGACAAAUUUAAGGUCGUUGCUGCCUUCAACAGGCAUAAGGAAAAAGCUUUGAAUUUUGCAAAGAUUGCUAACGUCCCGGAAGAUAAAGUUUACGACAACUUAGACGAAAUUUUGAAUGAUCCUCAUGUGGACUACAUCGAUGCUUUGCUACCUGCUCAGUUUAAUGCAGGUAUUGUUGAAAAAGCCGUUAAGGUUGGCAAGCCUGUUCUUUUGGAAAAACCAAUUGCAGCUAAUUUAGAACAAGCAAGGGAGAUUGUCAAAUUGGCAGAGUCCACCCCUUUACCCGUUGGUGUGGCUGAAAAUUGGUUAUAUCUACCAUGUAUUGAAAUCGCGAAGGAGCAGAUCAAAAAAAUUAGCCCUGUUGUAGCAUUCACUCACAAUUCAACCGGCCCAUUUGUCACCGCAAAUAAAUAUUUGACCACGACUUGGAGACAAAAACCAGAGCACAUUGGUGGAUUUUUAUCAGAUGGUGGUGUACAUCAAUUAGCCCUUGUUAUUUCCUUACUUGGUGAAUUUAAAUCUGUUUCCGCAUUGACGAGACAAGUGCGCGAACGUUCUGGUGCUGAUGAUAUCGUCUUUGCUACUGUUCAGUUAAAGGACGCAGAUAUAAUCGGAAGUUUUACUUAUGGCUCUGCUUUUGGUGCUACUGAAAAGUCUGUUUUUUUGAAAGUUUACGGUAAAAAUGGUACUGUUACCAUAGAUUUAUCAGAUAAGAAGAACCCAGUUGUAAAAGUUAAGCUAGGUGGCUCAGCUGAAGAUAACGGUGAGGAGCAAAUCUUUAAAAUUGACAAUGAUGAAAGCUUCGGUGUCAACGCUGAAUUUUUGAAUUUUAAUGAGGCUGUCAGCAAGAAGGACAAGUCCCUUUACUUAGGUACACCAAGAACUGCCUUCCACCAUCUGGCUUGUGUGGAUGCAUUUUUGAAAUCCUCUGCCAAAAAUGGUGACCAUGUUAAAAUUCAACAGCCAUAA